CUCGCCGUGAACGGCGAGCCGAAGCUAAAGCCAACCGAUCGACGCCGGCGCGGCACCGGGGGCGUGACGAGCGCGCGCUGGCGCUGCCGUCUCCGCGACGUGCAAAACCACAGCUACGUGCCACCGGCCGGAGGCUGUGCACGCACACGGAACCUUCUUCAAGUACUCGACCCAGCUCUCGCCGGCCGGCUGCCAACUCACCUCCAUUACGUACUGGGUAUAGUGAAGAGCUUUUCCCUGAUCGAUCGUCGUGUGUGUGGAGGCAGCUAGCUUGCCAUGGCUCUGGAGCAGCUGGGGAGGAGGAAGGUGGCGGGGUCGCUCCUGCUGCUCAACCUCCUCAUGUACGUCUUCAUGCUCGGGUUCGCCGGCUGGGCGCUGAACAGCUCCAUCAAGAACGCCGGCGUCGACGCCGGCUGGGGUACUGAGCAGCCGCAGCCGUGGGGGGCGCCGCCGUACUACCGGCAGAGCGCGUGGUCCGCCGCAAGGUUCCACUUCGCGACGUUCGCGGCGCUGGCGGGGGCGCUGGGCGUGGCGGCGAAGGCCGCGGCGGCGUACCACGGGGGCCGCGCGGGGGCGUCGUGGAAGCCGCAGGGGCUCGCCACGGCGGCGUCGCUCGGCACCGCCGCGUGGGCGGCCACCGCGCUGGCGUUCGGGCUGGCGUGCAGGGAGAUGCACGACGCCGCCGCGGCCGGGGUCCCGCGCGGGUGGCGGAUGCGCGCGCUGGAGGGGCUGACCGUCACGCUGGCGUUCACGCAGCUGCUCUACGUGCUCCUCCUGCACGCCGCCGUCGCCGGCGAACGCUGCGGCGGCCUCGCCUGCCCCGGCGACGUCUAGCUAGCUAGGCGACGCGCGAGAGCACCUGUAACCUCAUGUGCUAUGCACGCUCGCACGCACGCAUCCAUGCAUCCAUCCGGUGCACACCUCAACAAGCUUGUGUCGUGCAUGCGCAUCCCGAGUGCCGUUCGUUCGUCGUGUCAUGUGUAUCGCAGCACGGCUACUUGCGUGCAAUAAAUAAAUAAACAAAUUUCUGCUCCAAUUUGUGUAUUUACUACUCU